GAGCUGGACAAUCUGGAAAUUUCAACAGGAGUUACAACAUGCGACAUGGAAGCGAGAUACUUCGCGUGCUACAAGGAGUACGAUGCAGUAAUAGUUUUACCCUUACUUCGUGUCACUGGAAGGUUUAUUAAGAUACAGAUGGUCGGCCAGACAGAUCAGCUUUCUUUUUGCGAAGUUGAAAUUUAUGGACAAACAGCUGGAGAUGAACCAAAUGUCAACAGUACCGACUGCUACCAGAAUAAUCAAGUUGACGGUGGUUUUAGUUCGUGGUCAAAGUGGAGUCCAUGCUCAAAUAAAUGUGGAAAUGGGAUCAGGUCACGAAAACGCUCGUGUAACAACCCAUUGCCAAAAUAUGGCGGAAGAGAUUGUUUUGGAGAAAAGAAAGAGAUACAAGCUUGUUUUGGAAGUUGUCCAGUUUGUUCAGAUACUCUUGGAAAAUGUUACAGCGUUUUUCCGUCAAUGUCAGUGUGGAAUAAUGCUCGAUAUGACUGCUGGAAAAGACAUAUGCGACUUGUAUCUAUAUUUUCAAUAGAAGAAUUACGUUUCAUUAAAACCUUAUUACGGGAGAGAAGAUUUUUAGAUGGAGAUAGAGCAUAUAGUCUGUUCAAUGUUAGUUUCUACGCCCAUAUAGGAUUACGAUUUGUCAGUCCGGAUAUAGAACUAUUUCCGAUUUGGGAAAAUCAGAUUCUUGCACAUUUUCUAGCAUGGAAACCUGGGGAACCUUCUACUAGAUCCUGCACUCGUAUGAAUUUUCAAAGGUUUACUGAAGAUAACACAUGGGAGACGGUAGACUGUGAGGUAGAUUUAGCUGAAUAUUUCAUUUGUGAAGACCAACUAAAAGGAAAAAAUAAAGGUAUAGCUCUUUAUAUUAAAGACAUCGCUAAUAGAUACAUCACAUUGCAGGUAGAUCAAUCCGAAUAAAACAACCCGAUUUUGUUCGAUGAUAUGCAAACAUUUUACAUUUUGUUUUAGUUCACAAAUAUUGAAUGUAUUUUAAAUGUACAUUAGAUUGUAACAUGUUCACCUCUGGGUAGAAAUAUUGAGAAAAAUAGAAUUUGUAAACAUAAUUUGAUCCGCUCUGCUACGGUAGGCAGUAUACACAGGAAGCGUACGUUUUAAGUGGGAAAAUUGUUAUU